UCUGGGAAGUAUUCCGGACAGUUUGUACAUGCCUGUUUCCACAGCUUCUGCCCAUCAUGGUCCUGUUGCUACAGGCAGCAGCAAUAAUCCUGCUGCUAGCUUUCCUGCCUGGAUCAGUCGCUACCCCAUCACAGCACCUCUGUGGCUCUAACCUGGUGGAUGCGCUUUACCUAAUCUGUGGGCCUAAGGGCUUCUUUUACUCCAACAGAAACAAGAGGGACCUGGAGGCUUUGUUGUUUUUGCUCUCAAAUCUAGCGGAUUAUGAGGUAGUGGAAGCUGAUCCAUUAAAAGAGAAGGUGAUGAAGAUGAAGAGAGGGAUAGUGGAACAGUGCUGUCACAGGCCCUGCACCGUGUAUCACCUGGAGGACUACUGUAGCUGAAGCUCUCUCUGUGAACAAGCAUAAAUGCUAGGUGAAUAAAUUAUUAAGUGCAAGAAAACAGUGUGACUUUUUUGUGUAACUUUGAAUGGUCUUUAAAAAAAAAAAAGAAAAGAAAAAGGUUUUCCCAAAGGUGGAUUAAAUUGACAAAGAAACAUUUUGGUUUCUCUCG